AUGCUUCUGUUCAUCCACGAAGCUUGCAAAGCUUACUAUCACUGGGAUCAUUUUGAGUCACAACUGGCAAAAAAAGCUCUUGCCACCAUCCCUGGCAUUCUGCAGCAAAGAGCUCAAGCCACACUGCAAAGCCAGGCUACCUACAUCAACAAAAGGAGGAAGUACCGUGACCAAGCGUCGCCCCACGCCAGCCCAUCCGAUUUGGCUGCAUUACCGCCGGCGCUGCGCCGCGCCGAUGGAAACACAAGCGCAGUCAGGCAAAAACCAACCCUCCAGCCGAGGAAGCGACGGGCUGAGCCCGACGCGCUCAGCUCAGAGAAGGGGGACGAUGCCCUCCUCAGCAGGCAGAGCUCUCUGGGGAACAGCACGGUUUUCCCCCAUCUUGCCCAAGUUUCCAGGCCGUCCCCGUGGGUCAGAGGCGCCUCCAGCCCGCCGCGACGGCUCCGGCCACCCCCGGCCUCUCCGGCCCGGGAGCCGCGAGGGACAGCGGAGCGAAACCAUCGCUCCGCGCCUCUGCGCGACGCCGGGCUGGGGGAGGAGAGGGAGAGGAGCGCGGAGAGGCGAUGCCCGCCGCAGGUCCAGCCCCGCGCCCUCCCGGGGGUUCAAACCGAGCCACUUGCCCCGCUGCCCUCCCGCCCCAGGCUGCAGAGACCAACAGACCCGCCGAGGCGUCCGCAGCUCCGCGGCUCCGGGACGGGCGCGCAGCUCCGCUCCGCUCCCCUGGCAGGGCCGGAGGGGCGGCCGGCGCCAGGCACAGCCCCGACGAGGAACUGGGCGGCAGCGGGGGGGGUUAGUGGUGGGGGCUCCUCCUGCGCCGUGCCUACCGCUUCCCCUCCUCGUCCAGCCUGCGGGGAGCGCGGCAGGACACCUACCUGCGCCAAUCCCGCCCUCCCCUCUCUCCUCCCCUCCCCCGGGGCCGCAAGCUGGGGCGGGAGCGGCCUCCGGAGCGCUCCUCCCCUAACGCAGUCCGCGGCGGCACCGGCAGCGCCUACGGUUCCCUGCGGGCUCCUCCGGCCGCGGCAGUCCCCGCUGACAGCAGAGGCGCGGCCCCGGAGCCUCUCACCGCUCUCCCACGGGCGGCGGGAGGCUUUCCUCCCUCCAGCUAUCUCCUCUUCCCAAAGUACAGCCCCCAAGGCCCGGGAGGGAUGGAGGCGCGAAGCCGCUUCUGCCACCAGCCCCACCGCCUGCCCGCGCGGGGGACCGAGCGUUUGCAGCAGCAUAGAAAUAAAUGAGUCCGAAGCCGAGGACCACUGCAAGCAGAAGUACGUCGCCGCUGCCGUUGGCACAGCCCAAGUGAGAAAGAAGCGUUCGCGGCCCGGCUUACGCAACGCAAAAGUAACACCUGGGCUAUUGGCGCAUUUUCUAAAUGCCCCUGGACAAAACAGUUUUAACCGUCCUCCCAGCGUGGGCAUAAAAAGCCCCGGGAGGCGGACUGUAUGGCUUCAAAGGCUGACGGGCAGCUGCUCCUCCAGCACCGUGACUGUCACCGUGAACAUCGCGCUCACGUUUCCUCUUUACUCUGCCCGCCCGCUCUUUGCAUCCCUUGGGAAGUCAUUAUCAAAGGGAAUUCAUUCGCGCCGAAUCCCGGGGUCAAAGCGCCAACAGCCCCCCCUCCUCGCUGCGAGGGGCGGCGGGCGGCAGCGACCCAAUCCCCCCUUUCCCCCAGCACCUUAUCCUCCGCGGUGA